AUGUCUGAACUACAUGUGCCCAAGACAGAGAAGGCCCGCAAGCGCAAUAUAGACUUGGAAGUGGAAGAGCCUAUUUUGCAGCAGCGUACAGCAGAUGGCUAUCUCCAACAUCCCUAUGGCGGCGUCCCCGCUGCGCACUCCGCGUUGGACGAAGCGCGACAAUCGGACGCCAAAGGUGUUGCCAAGAGCCUGCUCCUAUCAAUCGGAUGGCUCGAUCGCCUUCUUUCGCUGUUCAUUAUCCUUGCCAUGAUCCUGGGUGUAAUUAUUGGCGAAUUCGCGCCGAACGCGAAACCCAACCUGGACGCUCGUACUUUCAAAGGUGUGCCUGUCUCGCUGACGGUGCCGCUUAUCACGAUGAUGUGGCCAAUUCUGACCGCUGUCAAGUACGAGCGCUUUCCAGACCUUUUUCAAACGCGCCGCAUUUGGUACCAAUUGGCGAUUUCGUUAUUUUUAAACUGGAUUAUCGGCCCGUUUCUCAUGCUGGGCGCUGCGUGGGCGACGCUUCCAGACCUAGCAGAAUACCGAAUUGGGGUCGUUAUGGUCGGUCUUGCGCGGUGCAUUGCCAUGGUUAUGAUUUGGGUCAAGAUUGCGCGCGGGGAUAGCGACACAUGCGCCAUCAUUGUGAUUGUCAAUUCCCUGCUCCAAAUGGUGCUGUAUGCACCGAUGGCGCUGUGGUUCAUCAAUGUGAUUUCCGGCGACCAUACGUUCCAUCUAGACUAUCCAAAAACAGCGACUGCUGUUGGCAUUUACAUGGGUAUCCCACUCGCCGCAGGAAUCGUGACGCGCCUCUCGCUCCUGUACUUGGUGGGCGAGGCGCGACUGAAGAAAUUCCUCGUCUACUUCCAGCCAUUGAGCCUCGUGUCUCUUUUGUGUGUGAUCAUCGUAAUCUUUGCGUCCCAGGCCAAGCAAAUUUUGCACAACCUCGGCCCCGUGUUCCGCACGAUUGCACCGCUCGCGCUCUACUUUGCGCUGAUGUGGACCUUUACUUUUGCCUUGAUAUGGUUCCUUUCUGUACGUUUCGGGAAAGAAGAAUGGGGCUACCAAAUGGCCGUUGUCCAGGCGUUUGUUGCUGGAUCGAACAACUUUGAGCUCGCUAUUGCAGUGGCAGUAGCAACGUACGGUGCGGAUGCAAAGCAGACACUGGCCACGACGAUUGGGCCGCUCGUCGAAGUACCUGUGCUGUUGACAUUGAGCUGGAUUGCUCUCGUUAUCGGUCGACGAAUGCGCUGGGACGUUGCAAUCUCGCGUCAACAGGCGCGGCGCGCGACUAAAGAAGUGCAUCGCAACGCGUAA